UGGAUCAGUUGAUAUCGUUUCUGCGACCGGCGAACGUUUAAACCGUCACAUGGCGCGCAGAGAUCCGGUGGUGCCCGUAAAACAGGGACUGGUGCGGGGUAGCGUCGAGGAGAACGUCUACGGCGGUGAAUUCCUCGCGUUCCGCGGGCUCCCGUACGCGAGACCACCGACCGGCCCGUUCAGGUUCAAGGAUCCUCAGCCACCGACAUCAUGGACCGGCGUGAGGGAUUGCACGAAGUUCGGCGGCAUCUGCGCCCAGAUGGAUCUACUCGUCCGCGACAUAAUUGGCGAUGACGAUUGCCUCUACCUGAACGUGUACACGCCGACGAUCGAACCGGGCUCGAAACGUGCGGUGAUGGUGUGGAUCCAUGGUGGCGGGUUCAUGUACGGGAACGGCAACAGCGAUAUCUACGGGCCCGAUUAUCUAAUCCGGAAGGACAUUGUUCUGGUCACGAUUAAUUACAGAGUGGGCAUCUUGGGUUUUCUCAAUCUGGAGAACGAGAUCGCCCCAGGCAAUCAAGGCCUGAAGGACCAAGUUAUGGCGCUGAGAUGGGUUAAGGAUAAUAUCUCGAACUUCGGCGGGGAUCCUGACAACGUCACGAUAUUUGGAGAAAGUGCUGGCGGUGCUUCCGUGCAUUAUUUAUCUAUCUCUCCACUGGUUGAACAAGGACUGUUCCACAAGGCGAUCGCGCAGAGCGGUGUCGCGUUGAAUCCAUGGGCUUAUGUGACUAAAAAACCAGCCAGUUACGCGUUUAAGGUGGCCGCCUGUCUGGGCAAACAGAUCACCGAUACACAGGAACUAUAUGAGUUCCUGAUAGCAGCAGAUGCGAGGCAGCUUGUGAAGGCGCAGCUCACUGUCCUUAAGCAAGAGGGUUCGCAUGUUUUGAUCGGAACAUUCGGUCCGUCUAUCGACGACAAGUCCCCGAAUCCGUUCUUGCCGCAGCAUCCAGCGAUCAUGGCGAAGGAUGGCGUGAAAGUGCCAUUCCUGUUGGGUUACAACGACAACGAGGGUAGCCUCUUUGUUGGAAACGUACUAAAUCCAGAUAUCGCUAAAGUACUGGGGAAGGUGAACAAUGACUUCAAGCAAGUCGUGCACCCGGAGAUCGAGGAGGAGUUGAACAAAGAGGGUAUCACGCAUCAGUUCCUGAAACAGCUUUACUUCGCCGAUAAACCGAUCGACGAGGGGACCAUGCAGCUUUACGCGGACUAUAUGAGCGACAUGAUGUUCAUACGAGGUAUCUACGAUGUGCUCAGAUAUCAAACCGAGAAGAACGUCACCACCUACCUUUACAAGUUCUGCUACGACAAGGAGUUCUCGUUAAUGAAAACCCAAUGCAAGAUGAGCUUACCAGGAGCGACGCACGCGGACGACCUGGCGUGUCUAUUUUAUCCGUACUUGAUAAAAAAUUUCGGCAUGACCGUACCGCAGCCCGGAACCAAGGAUUACGAUGUCAUUGAGUACUUCACACAGAUGUGGACCGACUUCGCGAAAACUGGAAAUCCAACCCCAAUGACAACCAAGUUGAUCACGGAGCUUUGGAAACCGAUUCAAAAGGGGGAUGUGUACGAUUACAUGGAGAUCAAUGAGAAGAUUCGUAUGGAGUCCAUCAAACCAGCGGAAAGUAUUUUCAAUUGGAAGGGAAUGAAAAACAAACUGUGAUGAAUCGAUUUGUUACCAAUUGUUAUUGUUACAACUAAUUGUUACUGAUCCGACAAGUAACGGACGCGCAAUUGUAAAUGUUUUUUUUUUAUUCGAGUCAAAGGGUAGCAUGUAAUUUUGCGAACAAAAAAAUAUAAUGAAAUAGCAGGACUAUUUUGGGGAAUGUACGUUAUUUGCGUCACGA